AUGGCAAGAGGUAGAGGUCUUGUGGAUAACAACAUGAUGGUUGAACUUGAAGCUGCUUUUAGUGCUGCGCUGGAGCACUUGUCCUGGUUAGUGAUGUUUUUGUCUUCCCAUGGGGGUGCUUGCAACGAGAAGUGGAGAUUUCCUAUUUGGCCAGAAUGGAAUGAAGCAGAUAUCAAUGCUGAAAAAUGGGAUACUGGAAAAGUUGGAAAAGAGAAAGAAAAACCUGGAAAAAGUCCCAUUUCACAUGUCUUUGAUGAUCCUGAAGGGAAAAUAGAGUUGCCAGCAUCCUUAAAAGUGCAUUCAUGGAAACGUCCCCAGGAGUUUUUACCAAAUAAGAUUCCUGUGGUUGUCCAAAAUGAAACCUCAUUUGACCUCGUUUCAGCAAAUGAGCAUAUAUUUUGUAGUGAGCUGAUGAGGUGGAUUGUAAGUGACAUUUAUGCAGUCUGGAGGAUCUGCAAUGAAAAGAACUUAACUAAUGGAACAUCCACACUUUUUUGGAAGCCAUGGGAACACAUUUAUGCCUUAUGUAAAGCUACCAAGGAACAUAUGCCUCUGUACAAUAGCUAUGGAAAAUAUGUUGUGAAACUUCAUUGGAUGGGGUGCUGGAGAAAGAUCACUGUUGAUGACACUAUGCCUUUCAAUGAAGAGGAUAAUUUAUUGCUACCAGUUACAACCUGUCAAACAGAACUUUGGCCAAUGUUGCUGUCCAAAGCUAUUAUUAAGCUGGCAAAUACUAGUAUACGGUCUGGGAAAAGAGAGCUGGAGGAAUUUACAGUUCUACAUACACUGACUGGAUGGAUACCAGAAGUCAUUCCUCUCCAGCCUGAAUACUUGGACAAAGUCUGGGGCUUUUUGAAAGAGAUUGUGCCAGAAUUCAGGUUGCCGAAUAAGAAAACUCCAGAAACUGAUGUUCCUCAGUCAGAUACAAAACCUGAAGAGAUAGAAGUCUCAGAGCUAAAAAACACAGUUUCAUCUGUGAAUAAGCAAUCAGAUAAACCUGAGAAAGCUGAUAAAAUUGGUAAAGAGAAGGCAGAAAAGGGAGAAACUGGAAAGAAGAAAAGCAGAGAAGGAGAAAAAGAAAAAAACAAGCUAGCACUUAAGUCUACACAAAAGUUGGCAGAAGCCCAGAAUUCUCUUCAGGCCUUAGUUGAAAAAUCUUCUGUGUCAACCCAGCCAGAAAUGGUUGUGUAUGCUGGCUGUAUACCACUACAUUUGUUUGAAGAGGAUGUUUUUACACUAGGGCAAAUGGCUGAUUCCUCAGAAAAAAUGAGGCUAUAUGGGCUUUCCCAUACAUAUAGCCAUCCUGUCCUCAUCACCAGAACCAGAUCCUGUCCUCUGGUAACACCAUCGCAACCACCAACAGUUCCUCGUUGGAAGCUUUUCCGUCAGAAAAAGGAAACUGUUGUGACAUCUGAACCCCAAAAACCUGUGGUAAAGAAACCUGAAGAACAUGUUGAGAUUGCUAGCCCAUUUCUGAAUUACAAAUUGAAUCUUAUCAUCACAAUACCCACUGAUUUCCACUUUCCACAGUCUACCGUCAAGAAAGGAUUCCAUUCUGUAUCCUGUCUCCCUUCGGUUACUGAAUGUGAUGAAAAUGUAAGUGACAGUAAUGUGAAUAUGAAUCAUAAUGGGAGAGACUCAAAUGCAGAAGAUUGUUCUCAGGAGGCCACCUUCUUUUGUCAGGAAAACACAGAGAGACCUAUUAAAGAAAAAUUACAUGAGAAUGAUAAAAAGCAAGCAUCAGAAACAGCUGAUACUGUUAUGAACAGCCAGACAAGGGAUAAAUCAAAGGAAGAAACCAAGUCAGAAAAGACUUUUGUUUCCAGGGAAACCUGGAUUAGCUUUGAAGACUUCUGUGUUUGUUUCCAGAAUCUGUACGUUUUCCACAAACCACAGACAUAUACUUAUAACUAUCAGAAAAUGGAUUUUAAGUUUACUGAUGACCAAGUCUUCUAUUAUUUACUUGUGGACAGUCUGAAGCCCAUUGAAAUCCUGGUUGGCUUUUCUGCAUUAGUACACUGGGGUGACACUGGAGGUACUAAACAAGAAUGUUUUAGCAUUUCAAAAGGCAUGCUGAUGGUUGAACGUUUCUCUUGGAAAUGUGUGACUCCUGGAGAACUUGUGUUAAAGAUGCAUACAUCUGCAACCAAAGCUACUGUGUUAAAUCUUCCUCUUGGAAGACAUAUAUUGCUCUUCACAGUAAGUUCUGCCAUGGGGCACCAUAUUCAUCUAUGUAGCACGGUGCCAUGUGUCUUUGGAGAAGAGGAUACUGUGUUCCCAGGUCUUGAAAAGGAAAGCUACCGGUUUAUAGAGCAGGCUACAGCGAUUAUGAAAGCUGUUGGAAAUGUGAUAAAUAAUUUCAGCAGUAUGCCUGAACUUUCUAAAGCCUUGAAGGAGUUGGAACUAACUCACUGUCCUCCUGGCAUCCAUGGUACUGGAAUGGUUGAAGAACACAUCAAGGUUUUCAACAGUGCAUUUUGGUAUUUGAUGAAAUACGUAUUAAGCAAGAAUGUACCUUACAACUACAAAUUUGCCUUCAGAUCCUUCUCUUUGGAUUUUAAAGACACUGAGGUUUAUGAGGAUGACACUGUGUCUUCAGAGAAUUGCGAGAAGAAUGCUCUUAGUAGUUGGGAUAACAGAACUCCCACUCCUGAAGAAGAAGCAGCAGCUCUUAAACUUCAAGCCACCUGGAAAGGGGCCUAUGUUAGGAAAGUACUGAACAGCAGAAAACCAGGUACUAAAGAAAACACUGAUGUCAAAGAAACUUUGCAAAAACUGUGGACUGUGAUUGAGUUAAAUUUUGAACAGUAUGCUGUAAUGCUAUUAAGAGACAUGUUUAAGACAAACUGUAAGUCAAUUGAAAAUUUUCCUUGUUAUGCAGAUGAGUGGUGUAAGCUCUCUUUUUCUGACUAUGCUGUGAUGUAUGCUGAUCAGGCACCAAAUGUGUGGUUUGUGGUAUUUAGGGAAAUUUUUUUUGUUCCAGAAGACAUGCUUAUAGUGCUGAAGAUGCAUAGCACUAUCCCUUCCUGUAGACUUCAUGUUGUCAACAAUGACACACUGGAAGAAAUGCCACAUGUGUUUUUCAAGCUGGCACCUCAUGUUUAUACCAAAAAUAAGAAAGGAUACACAUUUAUGGCUGAAGCACAUACUGGUGACCUACCUCUGGCAGCUGGAAGAUGGAGGCUCCGGCUCAUCGGUUCUCAUAGUCCACUCCCAUUUCUCUCUCGUGAGGCUGUAAACAAUGUCUAUUCUACUAGAGAAAUUAAAGAGUAUUAUAUACCUGAUGACAAGCAUGUAAUGUUCAGGUAUUCGGUAAAAGUCACAGCAUCACAUAUUGCUACAGUGCAGGUACAAACCUCUAAAUCAGAUGUGUUCAUUAAACUGCAAGUCCUAGAUAAUGAGGAAGAAGUUGUGCAUGUCAUUGGAAAAGGCCAUGCAGUCAUCCCUGCUUUUAAUUUCCUGAGUAAUGAAAUGCUUCUAAGUUCCUACUCAAGCAAGCCCCAGAUUAUUCAAAGUAACAUGAAGAAGGAAUCAGAAACUGGAGGAUUGAAAAAGAAAGGUCAUAUUUUAUCUUCUAAGGACAGCAAAACAUCUUUCAAGACAGGGCUUGUACAAGAAGAUUCAUCUUUACUCGAAGAUGAUUCUUCCCUCUUGGAAAACUUUCAAGAUAUUGAUGGAAGUCCACAGCAAUCUCACAAGUAUAUCAUACAAGCAUUGGUGUUGUAUAAUAGUUGGCCGCUUACUGAGAGUGAGUCUCUGUUUGUUCAAGAACUGAAAGAAAUGGAGAAAAAUGAAAUCAAAGUACAUGGAGAAAAACAUGAGGAACACAUGCUUCCCCUAGUGCUCAAUUCUUUUGAAGGACAAAAGUUUGCAAGCAUUCCUAAAUCAAACAGAAAAUCAAAAGAUAAAGCAUCUGAGAAGACAGAAAGAGAGAAAUUCAAUAAAGAAAGAGGAUCACUUUUAUCUCUUCCAUCCCGACCCGAAUCUUGGCAAGCUCCUUCAAACAAACCUUACUGGACUUUACGUUUAGUAAGUGAACAGAGGGAUGCAGAUGUUCUGGAGGUGAAGAAAGACACCCAGCGAGCAGAUGAGAUCAAAGCCAUGAAACAAGCGUGGGAGUCUGCAGAGCUAGGAAGAGCUAUCAAGGCUUUUCAGGAACGCAUGCGGUUUAUUAAUAACUAUGUUGUGAGAGAUUCAGAGGAGCCCAUAGAUGGGGCUGGCACUGCCAGUUUAGCACCUAGAUCAGAAGAAACAGAUAGUAUUUUGCCAGUCAUGAAAACAUCAGAAACAGCUAUCGACUCAAGCUUACAAACUCGGCAAAAAAAAUGGGAGCCUAUUGACCUGAGCCCUUACAUGAGAAAAACAAUGCCUGAACCUGUGCUAAGAACUGAGUCUAUCAUUCAACAGCAAGAGAGACGUAAAGCAGAAAAAAUCAACCACUUUAGGGAACUUCAAGAGCUGGCUUUGGAACAAAGGAAAAAAGAACAAAAUGCCAGAAGUUUGUUGAAGCAAAAUAUACUUGAAAUGUAUGAGAAUCUGCAGGCAUCCUUAGAUGAGAACCGAAGCAGAAUUCUCAGCAUUCGGGAAGCAUACAGAAGUAAGCUGCUAGAGGCUGAGCGUAGAAAACAAGAAGAGCUGGCAGCUCAGGAAGCAGCUCUUCAAGCAGAGCAAGAGAAGAAAAGCCCAGAUGGACACAAAAAAAAAGAUGGAAAAGGUUUACGGAAAAAAAAGUAA